CUCACCAAGACGACGACCAAAGGUUGUCUUGUCUGCUUGAUGUGAUGCUUGGGGUAUUCCUUUCGAAUCUCUCGUCGACUUGAUUUAUCCUUACACCCUUGGCCCCAACUUCAAGAUGCCUCGUGGUACUACCGGAACUAUUCGUUCUUCGCACAAAAAAACCCGUACUCCCAAGAACCGGAAAAAGCGGCCGUCCGGUCCUCCGGUCGGCAUCGACGAACUCAUGCGGGCAGCCGAAUCCGCCUUGCAUGUGCAGGAUCCCUUGCAAGCAAUCUCUCUAUGCACGGUUGCCCUACUCCGGAAAGACGUGCAGGAUACGGUAGCGGUGAGCCUUUUAGAAAAACGUGCCGAAGCCAAAGUCUCGGUGGCCGAUCAGGAAGGAGCACGGCAGGACUAUACGCAAGCACUGGAGCGAUUGCAGAGUAUUUGGAAGACCCCCGAUCGUGUUGCGGCUGAGGAAACCCAUAUUACAUUGGAACAACUCGAGCAAAAAGCAAGUUUGGAGUUGUACAUUGGACAGCUCAGUGAAGGAAUCGAUGCCCUGCAAAGAUACAAGAACGGUAUCGAGGAUCUGAGGAUAUCUUUGGAACGCAGACAGGCCAAUCUGUCGGUCGACUUCGGGACGGAGGACGAAACCAUGUCAGAAGAUGAGAACCAAGAGGAAGCUGAAAGAUCUACCGAUUCAGAGAUUACAUUGACGGAAAUUCGAAAACAGUUGGCGGCAGCUUAUUGCUCUGCGGCCGAGCUCUUCCUGACAGAUUUGUGUUUCGAAGAAUCGGCCGAACAAGAUUGCGAGUCAUACCUAUCUCAGGCUCUGACUUUGCUAGAGGAGGCGGAUGGAGAGCCGUUUGUGGACGCCUUGCAAACUGCGUCGAGUCUGCGACUUUCUCAACAACGUGGUCUGGAAGCUGUCGAAUACGCUUUGCGAGCCUUUGCCAAAAUCAAAGCGGGUUGCCAAGCUCUGACUACGUUGGUGGGAUUGCGCGAAGCAGAAGAGCCAUCAGUAUCUGCGACAGAGCUUUUGGAACUCGAAUCGGUCCAAAGACUUCCAGGGUUUGAAUUUCGAUGUCAAACUGCGAAACUUCUAUUGGAAUGUUCUGGCGUGCUUCAAGACGCCGGGAAUGAAGAUACACGAGCAGAAAUAUGUAUUAUGGCUGCUAUUGACGUCCUAGGUAGUUUGCUUGCAGAAAAUGAUGAAGUUGUCGAAAUUUGGCUCCUGGUGGGUGAUGCCUUUGCGGCCACUCAACCUCCAACAGUCGACGCAGCGAUACACCAUUGGGAAAGGGCAUUGGCCAUGUUGGCUACCGUAAAAACAUCGAUAGAGCAGGAAGCUUUUGAAGCGGACGACAAUGAAGAAGACGAGCUCCAAAAACAAUUGGAAGAAGUGACGUGCCAAAUGGAAGAUCUCGGUACCAAGAUUGAAGAAAUGAAAGCGAUAAGGGAAGGAAACGAAGAGAUGGAAACGUAA